AUGUCGCCCUCGCUCAAACCUUCCACUUCCCACCCGACAUCUCAUCCACCAAAAAACCAGACUCUUGCCUACCUACCUCUACCUAGAGGUACCUCCAACAUGCAGCUACCCCACAGAAGCGCAUGGCCCCAGCGCCUUGCUUUCUAUCUCGUUGCGCUCUUCUAUCUUACAAGCACAGUUUGUGCAAAGGAAAGCGAGUGUCAGCCUAUAUACUGGGAACCGGGUCAAUUUGAGAAACGAGACCUGUCCGACACCAAUGCUGCUCUCAAUUCUACAACCACUGCAAGUGCCAGUAUUUCCAGCUCCCUACCCGCGACGGCAACUUCUUCCUCCGCCGCGCUGGUGCCAGUCACCAUCAGCCCCCUCAUCAACGAAGACCCCCAGCCGGGUGAGAUCAACUGUCGAGAUACCGACAGCACAGAGGGCAUGGAGAUCAACUACUACACGUGCACCGCACUUGCUGCGAGAAAUAGGAUCAGUGUCGACACAUUAUUCGGGUUGAAUCCAGGGCUGGAUCGUGACUGCGGCAACAUUGAAGCCGAUACCGAGUAUUGCGUUCGAGGGUUUAUCGAACCCAUCAGAGCUUAUGACGAGAAGACUGUGCAGAGGGAACAUGCUACGAAGGUGCAUGUGUAG